AUGGCAACACAUUCACAUAAUAAGAGUUCUUAUGUGAAUACAUCAAAGUCCUUCCACGAUAAUGUCAUUGUCAAUGAUGGAUACAUACAUGAAUAUAAUGAAAAUACAGUAUCUGACACUGAGAAUAGAGCAAAUGUAUCUACAGGAGAAGUUAUUGCUGUCGGUGAUGUAACUAUCAAUGAAUAUAUGGAGCACAACACAAUCGGUCACCAGAACAAUUUAGAAACGCAUCUACCAGCACCUGAACUAGUACAUAAACAACCAGGAAAGGCAAUGGUUUUCUCUAUACCAAAAUCUUCAAUGAAAUCAUCCUCUGCUAUAGCAUGUUCAACAAAUCCAUCAAAGAGCGUUGUAUUAUUUAAUAUCAGUUACCCGACAUCAAACCAAUAUAUAUUUUAUUCUUCCAUAUAUACAGCAAGAUUUGAAAAUGAAGUGAUCACUUUUUCAUUUGGUACUCUUCAGAGUUGGCUUCUGGAUGAUAUAUCGAUUAUUGAUGAGCUUACAAAGUUCGAACUAAUCCAAAAUGGUGGUUUUGAAAAUGGCACACUGAAUGGCUAUUGCCUGUCUGAUCCUCUCAACAAUUCAUUCGCAGUGUCAUUUGUCGAUGCUUAUCAAGGAUCUUGUGCAUGUUAUAUUAUAUAUCCCUUCACACCAGUGGAAUUAACACAGACUGUUAACACAACAAUUGGACGUGUCUAUAAUGUGAGCUUUUGGCUCCUAGGACAAAUUGAUGCUCCUAGUCCUGUUGAUGUAUAUAUGGGUGUAGCAGUAGCGUCAAGUGGAAACUAUUGUUCUAUGCAAUUUAUCGUAUUGGUAUUCAUCUUUUUUACUAUUUACGGUAUAUUUUAA